AAAAUUGGACAAACCCUUUGCGAAUUUAUACGGCAACGAGAAGUCGUACCCCCAAAUAUUGCUUCGGAUAUAGGUACCGUCAGCGAAGAUGGACCAAAUUGGUCCACCAUACAGCCGCAAAAAGUGUCUACACCUGGCGGCCAGAAAGAUUCAAGUAGUGAGAGCAAAGCUUUAAAGCAAAAGUCAGGAAUAUCUGCACGCUAUUCUAGAACUAUUCUACCGAGCAAUUAUUUUGAAAAUGCAUAUUGUAGUAACACCGCUCACAAUCUUCAAAGGCCAUUAGAAACAGCACAGCAGCAAAAGCAGAAGAAAAUUUCAUCGAACGGAGAACAACAAAGUAUUCACAUCAAAUCGUCGCCAAUAACCACAUCGUCAUCCCUAUCCCCAACGCUUUUGCGUCACUCUAGAAAAACAAGCCGAUAUCUUAACACAGCCAAAUAUUCGCCGACUGAAACAACUGUGAAGAAGUCAGCUAGCACGCUUUAUCGAGUUUUACAAGAAUUUUCCGAGGAUCUGCUUAUACGAACAACAAAAACAGUCAGUCAUAAUCCGAGAACCACACUCUACACCAAUAAAUUGAAAAGAUGUUCUAAGGAUAGUGGGCAAGAUAAAUAUUUGGAAUCUGGUAUUUUGAUUGCGCCGAAAAAACAAAAAGCAUUAGCAGCCAUGGAAGAAACUAAAAGUCAAAUUUUACCGUCUGUCGCCCGUCGAUUUGAUGGGUCAGCUGAACAGGCGGCAACUCAUGGUAAACAAUCAACGGCAGGAGCUGACGUUGAAGAUAGGAAUCCUCUUAGGCAUUCCACAUCAAAAUCAUCGUCAAAUAUAGAAGCGGCUCCUUGCACAGCAAUACAAAAAUAUAAUCCCAAUAUGCGUUUCAUACGUAAGAGUGUCGAGCAAUUGGCCAAAAGUGUUAACACAAACUAUUUGGAAUUGGAAACUGAAUUUCCUCGCGACUACGAUGAUAACAUAGAAAUGUUAUCCCGCGAAACGGAACAUUUGGAAGAACAAUUUCGCACUCCAACUAAGACAAGUACUAACGAUCUGUCGGGACAGUGUUUAGUACCGGUUACAUCUACACAACAGUCCGAAAUUGAUGAAAAACUGAGCGAAACGGUGAAGGAAACAAAUAUCAAAACGGGCAGUAAUACAUCGAAUGUUAAACGUGUGGGCUUCAAGGUUGAGGAGAAAUUGGCCGAAUGUAGCAUCGUUUCCAAGGGUACAUCUAAGUUAAGUGGUCGCGUUGAAUAUUUGAAACAGUUUAGUGCUGAUAAGAGCUGUGAAACGGAACAACAAGCCGGAUCGGAUACAAUAUCGCAUAGUACUAAUACCGUGGUGAAAACAUCAUCUGCGGCUGCUGUUCAAACAACUACAACAUUUCCUAAGCCUCCUAUUAAAGAUGAUGAUGAUGAACCUAUAGCCAUGUCGCCAUGCGGGCGUUUCUUUAAAUAUGAUAAAGAAGUGGGACGUGGCAGUUUUAAAACGGUCUACAGAGGUCUGGACACGGAAACUGGUGUGGCUGUCGCUUGGUGUGAACUCUUGGAUAAACAAGUAAAAAAAAGCGAACGUAAACGUUUUCGCGAGGAGGCGGAUAUGUUGAAAAAAUUGCAGCACCCGAAUAUAGUACGUUUCUACACAUAUUGGGAGUUCAAUGUGUCUCGUAGGAAAAACAUCGUUCUAGUCACUGAACUGAUGCUGUCGGGUACAUUGAAGUCGUAUCUUAAACGCUUUAAAAAAGUAAAUCCGAAAGUUCUUAAAUCUUGGUGCCGACAAAUUUUAAAAGGACUCCAUUUUUUGCAUACGCGUACAUUGCCAAUAAUUCAUCGUGAUCUAAAAUGUGAUAAUAUAUUUAUAACGGGAACUACAGGAAGUGUUAAAAUAGGUGACCUGGGCUUAGCCACCCUAAAAAAUCGUUCUCAUGCAAAGUCAGUCAUAGGCACGCCAGAGUUUAUGGCUCCCGAGAUGUAUGAAGAGCACUAUGAUGAAUCGGUUGACGUUUAUGCUUUCGGUAUGUGCAUGUUGGAGAUGGCAGUUUCCGAAUAUCCUUACAGUGAAUGCAAAGGUCCUGCUCAAAUCUACAAAAAGGUAAUAUCGGGGAUAAAGCCAGCUGCUCUUAACAAAGUUGAAGAUCCUGCUGUCCGUGAAAUUAUAGAAAAAUGCAUAGAAUUGAAAAAAGAAAACCGUCCCAGCUGCAAAGACUUGUUAAAUUCUGAAUUUUUUGGAGAAGAUAUCGGUAUAAGGGUAGAACCCACGGCCACUGAAACGUUUCUAAAUAAUCCGGAAAAAAAUGUCAUAGAGUUUCGUUUACGUUUCCUCGAUCCCAAGAAACGCUCCUCGAAACAUAAAGAAAAUGAAGCGAUACAGUUUGAAUUUGAUAUUAAAAAGGAUGACUGCGAGCAAAUCUGUCAGGACAUGAAACAGGAGAACAUUAUAUCAGAAGAGGAUGCAAGAGCAGUUGUGCGGCUAUUAAAAGUUCAAGUAUUUUCGUUACUAAAAGAACGAGUUCAACGUCAAACGCAACUGCAAUUGCAAAAUGAGAAAUCACGUUUGGAAAAACUUGCUCUACAGAAACAAAGAGAAAUGUUGUUACCAUCAAAUGUAGAAGAAGAUGAGGAGGAAGAUGAAGGUGAUUCUGAGGAGGAAGAGGACGCUAGUAAAGGACAGUGCAACCAGCAAAGCCAAAAUCAAGCCGAAGGUGCACAAGUAAUACAACAAGCCGACUCCACUUGCGAUCAAUCUACUAAAUUGGGACAACAACAUCAACAGGUGACCGUCUACCAGCAACCAAAGACGCAAUCACAACAACUUGUCACUGCUGCCAAUUACUCAUGUCAAGAUCUGCAAUCAUGUCAAGCUAUUUUAUCCCCAACGGGAAGGCAGUCGCAAACACAAUUUUAUACUGCUGCCCCGACAGCAGCUACAACGCAACAGCAGCAAACUUCUCAGGUGCACGCCCCCGCUCAGCAUCAGCAAUUCUCACAGCAACCAAAACAGCAAUUCGCUAUGCAAUAUUCAACCAUGCAGCAGCAACAGCCGGCUUUAAUGCAACAACAGCAGCUGAAUCAGCAGCAAGUGGCAACUUUACAACAAACUAUGCAACAACAACACCAACAGCAGCAGCAGCAACAACAACAACAACAACAACAACCACAACAAAUAAAACAUACGAACAAUGCUAACAGCACUCAUUAUCAACAUCAACAGCAAUCACCAAAGUCUCCUAAUCGUUCGCCGUCCCAACAAGAUGCCGACGAUAAAACAGCAGCCAACCGUGCAGCGAAAACACCUCGAUCAAAUCGUAGCACUAACGAACGUAUUCCUAAACUUAGCGUUACUGGUAUCGACUCUGGUACAGUUAUUAACUGUCAUAUGGAGAACAAACAAAAGACUAUAACAUUUAAGUUCGAUAUACGCGAUGUUAAUCCCGUCGAGGUAGCCAGUAAAUUGGUAGCGCAAGAUCUGCUAUCGCAAUGUCAAAGUACAUCGUUUAUCGAAAUGAUUAAUGACAUUAUACGCCAAGUAAAAUCGAAUCCUAAUCAAAUUCCUGUACCUACUAUUUAUAGACGUAAUAUUGAAAAGGUAAUGUGUGCUUUAAUGUCUUUCAUACACAGUUACACGCAGUAUAUUAUCAUUUUUAUUAUCAACAAACAGUCCCUGAAUACCGUGCAAAAUGAAGCUUUAGGACAAAGCACUCCAACCGGACCUCAGUGUUCUACCAGAGCUUCAUCAACAUACAACUCAAGACGUACGUCUCUGGAUAAUAGCGGUGGUUCAGAUAUUGUAAAUGCAGCACUCGCUAACGCCUCGGAUAAAGCGGCCAUAUUAAAUCAUAAUCCUGGCACAAGUUCACUAAACACCAUUAAGUCUGAAAGUAACAUACAAAAGUUGUCCAAACAAAAUAGUUUAGAAAAGCCACAAAUUGUGCAUUCAGCCGGCAGUGCCGAUUCUAUUACAGCUAACAUGUCGCAUCGUCACGGCGGUCUUACACAAAGUUCGAUCGCUGAUUUGGAAAAGAAAUUGGCAGCUUUACGGCAUGCUGAAAUUCUUGAUGAGGGGAAGAGCUCGAAUAACACUGGAAGCGCAACCCCAUUAGAAAAUACCAGGAAAAUUUCGAGAUUUUGCGUGAGUCGAGUACAGGAGCAAAAAACUGCAGAGCAAAAUAAAACUACAGUAGCAAAUGCUUCUAACGUAAGCGUAUUGCCAAAGCCUUCUAUAGAUUUGCAAGGAAGUGCAGCGGUAGUAACACAGCCAACGGGCGGCAGUGAUAAAACUAGUUUGGUUAAUACGCCCACUGAACAGAAAACAACACCAUCGCAGUAUCACGCAUCACCAGUUGCAAAUCUUCAACCCAAUCCGACAAAUACCGUUCAACAGAGUAAUCAAGGACAGCAAAUCGCUUGUCAGCAAUCGUUACCGGCAGUGUUAACCCAACAUACUGUUCAACAGCAACAGCAAAUUGUUCUUAUGCAAUUGAAAGGACCGCCGGCCCAGGGGCACGCAUUGAUUGCAAGUGCUCAGAUGCAGACUCAAGCGCCAAAUGUCCAAACGCAACUACUUAAUGCCCAAGCGCAGCAGCAAGCGGUACAACAAAAACUUCCUCUUCCUCAACUUAUGCAACAAACUACGGUUAUGUCACAACUAAUUCAACAGCAGCCGCAGUCGCAGUCGCAGUCGCAGCCACAGCCGCAGCCGCAGCCACAACAACAAUCGCAGUUGCCACAGCAAACACAGCUAACGCAGCAACCUCAGUUAACACAGCAGCCUCAGUUAACCCAACAAUCGCAAUUAACGCAGCAACCACAGUUAACCCAGCAGCCACAGAUAACACAGCAGCCACAGCUAACACAACAGCCCCAGUUAACACAGCAACUGCAACUGCAACAGCAGCGUCUGCAACAACCAUCACAGCAACUUCAAAAUCAGCUUCCGCAACAGUCUAAUCAGAUGCAGCAGCAAGAACAAACUUCAAAUUCUUAUAGUACACAAGCAGUCGGUACCAGUGCAAUUUACCAAGGGCUUGAAUCUUUGCAACAACAACUAGACAGAAAUCAAGGACAGCAGUUAACGCAAAAGCCCCAGCAGCAACAGCAACAACAACAGCAGCAAUCGUUACUGCAACAACAUCACACAACACAACAGACGCCUUCCAAUAUCUCGAAAACUACUCUUCCGUCACAACAAUCCACACAACAGCAAGUAUUACCGCAGAAUUCGGCAGUUCCUUCAAUGAUUACGCCUAUUCUUCAAAAUCCCUCAUAUAUCAUACCACAUAACCAUCAACAUUUAAUUACCUCCCAGCAAACAUCGCAAACCUCUCAAAAUUUGCCAACUGCCACUCAACCCGUUUAUUUGCACAACGAAGCUAUAGCCAUACCCGCAGAAGAACCGGUUUCCCUAGCAGCCACUCAUCCAAAUUUAUUACCAAUGGACAUUCAAUCGGAUAUUAAGCAUAAUUUAGAUUCUUUGGUAAAUCAAUUAUGUAAUAUGCGGUUGGGGACAACUCAGCAUCAACGUUUAUUACUUUUAAGGCAACGUCAGCUUAUAGAAGAAGACGAGUUACGGUUAAAGCAUUAUGUUGAAUAUGAGAAGUUUCAGAAAACCUUGCGACAAUAUAAUGAAGUUGUACAGCCUCAAGCACCGGUUUUGUAUAUACAACCUACUACUGGCCAACAGGGCUUUUUAAAUUUUCCUGGAGGCUUUGUACCAGCGAAUCAAAAUAAUCAAAAUACGAAUAUAAACGCAAACGCUCAGAGCUCCGUUGCAACAAAUCCCCCGCAAGGAUAUCCGCUUCUUUUCAAUCAAGCGCUAUCUAUACAAUCUACAUUACAACAACAACAGCAGCAGCAGCAGCAACUUCCGCAGCAGCAAGUACAACAACCAAAGCUUAUUUCGAAUCAACAAAACCCUUGCAAUCAAAAUGCUAAGCAGCCAUUGACAGCAGCAACAAGCUUAACUCCAGGAUCACAUAGCAUGAAUACUCCUGGGAGUGAUACUAGUUUAGGUAUGUCGUACGUAUCAACAUCGGGCACUACUACCCAGCAACAGCACCCAAAUAUUAUUAACGCCGCAGGAACAAUAAUUCAACAUCAAGUUAUGCCUUCUACAUACGUAAAUUCUCAACAGCAGCCGGAACCGUCCGAUACAACGGUAACUAUUAGUACUCCUGGAGAGGGACCUGUAGCAAUUCAUCAAAUCAAGAAAUCCUUGCUACACACAAGAAAGAUUAAAUCAUUUUUAUGGAUUUUUAUGUAGAUUAUUCGCGUAAAGCUAAGGAGAGCUGUGAAAUUAAAGUUGUAUCAAGUCAGAAUUCAACAAGUGUAUUAAUUAAUGAAAGCAAAUGAAUGCAAAAGAAUGAAUGAAUGAACGCAGCUAAAUAGUAAAUUUACAAUUACAGGCUGAACACAUUUCAAGAUACAUUAAUUUGCGUAGGAAAUGAUGAUAAAACAUAUUUUUUAAAAAUUAUU